CUUUCAUCACAUCGACUGUGCAAUGGAGUUGAGGAUUCUAUUAUUUGCAACAAUGAUUUCAUUCGCCACUGGCCAGGUGACAAUGGCGAUUUCAAAAAGGAAAACAACUUUAGGAUCUCUAGUAGAGCUUGUGUGUCAGCAGCCUGAACUAGGGUGGCAAAGUGAUUGGAAUCGUGACGGCCAACUAGUCCUCACUGUGACGAAGACAAGGAAAGACCCCUGUGGCAUGGAAUGGCAUAUAGAUACUCCGGCGAAUGUGGAAGUGAUUUGUCAAGAAAACAGAGGACGUUUCCUGCUAAGGUUCCACCAGUCUAGGAUUGAACUAAAUGGCACAAUAUGGGAUUGCAAGAUUGAUGAUUCAGUUGGCAGCAACAGAGUCAGUAUUGAAUUAACAGAAGAGAAAAAAGGCAGCGCAACCACAGAAGGCCUAACAACAUAUGAAGAACAAACGACAACAGAGGCAAUCAUUCCUGAAAUAACCGAAGCCCUGCCAGAGUUGUGUGUUCAAAACCCUAGUAAGUCGUACCUUGGUGUUGGAGUUGCCAUAGGUGUGAGUGUCAUGCUGAUCGUGGACGCCGUCUGUCUGGCUCUGGCGUUUAUCUACAAGGACAAACUAUUAGCCAGGAUAACAGGGACAAAGGAAACCAGUGAUACACAAAUGAGCAGAAUACCUAUAUCAUCCCCUGUGGCCACUACAACCAGGAACCAGGUACAACCACAAGAAGCGCAAACACCAGCAUCAAGCAAUGAGUAUGAAGCGUUACAGAGAGAAAAUGUUGAUGCCCAUAACACAUAUGAGAAGAUGCACGUAUACCAGAACUUGUGAGCAUUAAAGAAGAUAUACUCUAGGACCUCGAUAUCAGCGUGAUGUCAUCUGUCCCCAAUUUGUACGGAACACAGCCUGUUGGUUUUUAUAUUAAAUGUCAUGUUGAGAUGUAUUUGAUUUCACGAGGGAACCAUAUUCUGGAAGUGUACAUUUUACAGAGAACAUGCGGCACCAUCACGUUUACAGACCGUAAAUUGUCAACACAAAAUUCUCGUUAGUGUUGGUUGUGUUGGAAGUUAAACAAACCCAGUAAAUGAAUAGUCCACUAAAUAUAGUGAAAUUAGAAGAAAUGCCUUCUUAUAUAUCCACAGAUAUGAUCUAGAAAGUAUGUGUGUAUGUCUUAUAUGGUACGUUUCUACGCAAACAUGGUGAAAUGUAUAUAUCAAAGUCUUUUCAUCAUUUCUAAAAGCAAUCGAUUUGAAAUUGUUUCAUAAGAAUAAUGACUGCAAAAUCUAGAAAUCUUGACAAUGUAUGUCUGUAUGUUUACUUGGUUUCAUUACAGCACUUAUUAUCAAAUUGUUUAUUGCAUCUUUGCUUCCCUUAUUUAUGAAUACAUGUACAAAAUGA